AUGUCAAAACAAGGAAGUCCUGGCUAUGUUGAUCCCGAAUAUCACCGAUGCUACCAACUCACUGAUGCUACCAACUCACAAACAAGAGUGAUGUCUAUACUCUAUAGUUUUGGUGUUGUGCAUAUUGAGCUAGAUGGAAAGUGUCCAGCCUCUUGGGAUUGUGGAGAUCUUGGCCAGAUUAAGUUUCCUUUCACAACCACACUGCAACCACACUGUGGCGUACUGCCCAUACGUGGUUGUGAACAAAAAGACCCCCAGGCUUCCAAAACCAUUCAACUCAACAAUCCAACACUAAGAUCCUACAACGUUCUACAAGUUGAACCUCGUACCAUAAUCAUCAAAGACGAUGCUCAAUAUCAUUAUUUGCAAACCAACAAUUGCACACUCUUCACAAACAAUUUUACUCUUCCUCACGCCUCUCAUUUAGCUUCUUUCUACAUCAAAUAUAAUAUCACUAUCUUCAGAUGCAAUCGUUCCCUCAACGCCACACUUCCCAAAUAUAUUUAUAAAUAUUCAAAUUGUUCUGACUACGAUAUCUACUAUGGUCCUCCAAAUACUGAAAUUCCUUUGGGCUUCAAGUGGCCAAGCUUUUUAGCACCAUGUUCAACCAUUCAGCUUGCAGUACAAGCAAAACCUACUAGCAACCCCUUUCAAUUUCUGUCUGCUAGUAUCGCUAUUGAAGUUCGAUUAUCUGAUACUUGUGAAAGCUGCCUUAAUCGCGGAGAAGGCCAAUGUUUACUAGACAGUAAAGGAAAUUUCUAUUGCGCCAAAGAGAAUACAAGUUUGGCGUGGAAAUUAGGACUAGGUAUAGGACUCCCUGGCAUUAUUAUAAUUGGGAUACUGAUAAUAUGGUACUGCAAACCAAGAUGUGUGUCUUAUUUCUACUCAAAUCCAAAACAAGAGAGUGCGAGUAUCUACUUUGGGGUCCCAGUGUUCACCUAUAAGGAUCUUGAAAAAGCAACAAAACGUUUUGACCGCUCUAGAGAACUAGGAGAAGGAGGAUUUGGUAUCGUUUACUAUGGAAAACUCGACGAUGGACGUGAAGUUGCUGUAAAGCGCUUAUAUGAGCACAACUAUAGGCGAUUAGAACAAUUCAUGAAUGAAAUCAAAAUUCUCACACGCUUGCGCCAUAAAAAUUUAGUGUCUCUCUAUGGCUGCACUUCACGUUACAGCCGUGAACUAUUGCUCGUGUUUGAAUACAUUUCAAAUGGGACGGUGGCCAGUCACCUCCAUCAUCAUGGAUCAACAAAUCGUAGCUUUUUACCAUGGCCUAUCCGAAUCAAAGUGGCCAUAGAGACUGCUACUGCGUUGGUCCAUCUCCAUGCUUCUGACAUCAUUCACCGUGAUGUAAAAACAAACAACAUUCUCCUGGACAACAAUUUUUGUGUUAAAGUUGCUGAUUUUGGACUUUCAAGACUGUUUCCCAAUGAUGUGACACACGUUUCCACAGCUCCACAAGGAACCCCUGGCUAUGUUGAUCCUGAAUAUCAUCGAUGCUACCAACUUACAAACAAGAGUGAUGUGUAUAGUUUUGGGGUUGUGCUUAUUGAGCUGAUAUCAUCUAUGCCAGCAAUUGAUCUGAACCGGCAUAAGGAUGAAAUAAACUUGGCUGAUCUAGCUAUAAGGAAGAUUCAAAAAAGUGAAAUUGCUCAGCUGGUGGAUCCUUCCCUUGGUUUUGAGUCAAAUAGUGAUGUUAAAAGGCAAAUAACUUCAGUGGCAGAAUUGGCUUUUCAGUGCUUGCAACGGGAUAAAGAAUUGAGACCCUCUAUGGACCAAGUUUUGGAAGUGCUGAGGACAAUUCAAAGUUGGAAGGACGAGUUUCGGCAUCUAAAGGAAUUGCAUUUUGACAGUAAAGGUCCAUUAUCACCAGAUCAUGAUGAGAUGAAAUUGUUGAGGGAUGUGAAUUUGAUCUCUUCCCCAAAGGCUGUGACAGAUAAAUGGAAUAGCGAUUCCACUAGUCCUAAUGUUAGUGAUCAAUCGCUAAACAAAAUGUAAAUGGUACUUUGUAACUUAUCCACACGCAUGUGUAUAAUUUUGAUUUUCAUCAAUACUUAUUUCA